AUGAAAAUUUUUUAAGUGUGUAUUCAUGAAAUAGCAGAAGAAUGCUCAAUAGCGCUCAUAGUUAUAUACUAGUUUCUUCUAAUAAUGGCUUUUACUAUAAAUCGAAAAAUGUCCCUAAAUGCUUCGACUCCUGAAAACCAGACUGUUCAAAAAUGGAAUUUUACGAACUCUGAAUCUGGGAACCAGUAUUCUCAAGAGGAAAUUGACUUGAACAAAAUCUAGAUUACCUAUUAGUGAAGUAUGGUUCCCCAGAUUGUGAAAUAAAGAUAUUGAUACAUAUUUACCUGUCUAUAAGACGCUUCUCAAUCACAGCUUUGGGGCAAUUUUACCCACCACUAUACUAAUUCAAGGACCUUACCCAAUCGCACAGGCUGCUCGCACAUGAACACCCCAUCCUACCUCUUUUCUUAAUUAACUUUAAUGUUCAUCUACCUAAAAAAACUAAUUCUCACUGGUGAAUCAUCGCACUCAUCACAACCCCACUUAUCAUGGUCCAAACCAACGUCAGCCAAUUGGCCACUGUAGGCUUGGUUCUGUUCGUGACAGGCUACUAUCUCCAUCAGUAUCUUUCCAAGCCCCAGCCCCGCAGGACCAAAGCCAGGUCGUCGUCUACUGCCUCGGGUGCCUCAUCGGAUAUCACCACCGAUGCCUCUUCCGAGUCAGAAGAAUCCGAAGAUGAAGGCAUCGAUGUCGACUCCAGACCCCUCAACGAAGUUCCUGGUGAAGUAAGAAUGACCCUUAUCGUCAGACAAGACUUGAAGAUGGGCAAGGGCAAGGCAGCAGCCCAGUGUCUGCAUGCGACCUUGGCCUUGUACAAGAAGAUCACCAACCCUGAAUCCGAGGCAUACAACCCUGAGAUGGUACAACGGUGGGAGUAUGGUAAUGGACAGGCCAAGAUUACCUUGCAAGUGCCAAACCAGGAGGAAAUGGACACGUUGUUUGCCCAAGCGAUCUCGUUGGGGAUCAACUCGUACAUCGUUCAUGAUGCUGGAAGGACCCAGAUCGCUGCGGGAAGUGCCACGGUGUUGGGCUUAGGUCCUGCGCCCAAGGCUGUGAUCGACGAAAUCACCAGCAACUUGAAGCUAUACUAGCUGAUGGAAUCAGUCGCGAAGAGUAGCUGAAUGGUAGAACACAUCGCUAGAGAGCAGCAGGGCGGUCGACUGGUACCCCAUGUAUUAGCAUGUUGGAAAGUUCUAACUAAUUUAAAUACCUCCUUGCAAAUAAUCCAUACGGGAAUUAAUUUAUUCUUUUAUGUAGAUGUUAUCUGAAUGCGG